AAAAGUCUUAAUUUCAAAAUGCAAAGUGACUAUUUAGGAGACUCAUAUCUCUCAAGAAGUAAUUAUCAACCUAGGCACAGUCAGCAAGAAGAUAGUGACGAGGAUGAACAAAUUGAUCCAAGAAUUCGGUCUUUUAUGACUAUUGUUACCAAGGAAAUUUCUGAAAAAUAGCACUCAAGAAAAGAACCUUCGCAAAGAAACUCUUAGACGUCAAGAAGUUGAAAGUGAGCUAAGCAGAAUUAGGUACGAAGACAGUCAAAUUCAGAAACAGAAUGAACUCUCUAAGACAUCCCUCGCUGAUAUUGAGAACAUUAACUCUAGCAAUAAUAUCCGGAGAUCAACUUAUAACCAAAACCAGACUCAGGAGCUGCCUCAAGACUCAGUCUUGAGCCAGGCACCCAAGGAAGAGAACAAGAUGGACCAAAGUGAUGUUGAUACUCUCAUUACAAGAGUUCACCAAUAUUAUGAGAGAAUGCACAAGGAAGAUCAAGAAAAUUUCUUUGAGUCACAAGGCUACUUCGAUGCUGAGAAGUAUGACAGCUUUGGAAGAGAUAUGAGCAUAAUUGAUCAUGACAAAAAGGGGAAUACUAAACCCCAUCUCAGGAAAAAUUUUGAGAAUUAUCCCAGACCUAUGAACCUUGAGCAGAGAUUCGCAGCCAAAAAAGUAUCUCCUGGUAAAUACCGCUGCUUCAGUUGAGAAAAGCAGAAAGGAGAUAAUAGGAAUAGUUCUCCAAAGUUACGGCCAUUUGCAGAAAAUCCAGAGGUUUUUAAGGAGGUAUCAAAAUCUGUUAAAAAAUCCAUCCUUGAGACUCAGAUGCUACUGAGUAAAGGCAAACUUGAAGAGGCUCAGAGAGUUAUUGGCAAUGUUCUCCGGCAAGGGCAUGAUCACUCAGAUGCAUAUUUCUUGAGUGGAGAGAUUGACAGACAGUUAGGAAUGAUUAAAAAUUCAGAGGAAAAAUUAUUAAAAGCCCUUACCUUUCAAGUCUACACCCCUAAAGUUUAUUUCAGUCUUGGGUUAGUGUACAAUAGCAAACAAGAGUUUGAUAAAUCUGUUAGAUGAUUUAAGAAGUUCCUUUUCAGUGUAGAAACUCCAGAAGCUCAUUUUGAACUAGCUGUUGCUCUAAUGGGACUAAAUAAUCCAAGUGAAGCAUGAAUUCAUUUCAGUAGAGCCAUUACUCUUGACCCUGAAGAGAGUGAUUAUUAUCUCAAAAGAGCGAAGUGUUAUGAAGCUCAGGGACUUGAGGAGCUGGCUCAAGAGGAUUACAACACUGUCUUAAGAAUUGAUCCUGCCUCUCCACAGCAAUAUGUUUCUGUAUUAGACACAUAUGAUAUAGCUUAAGUUUGC